UUAACAGCAUGGCGGCCUCCGCGGGCGCUGCGGCCCUGGGCCGAAGUUCGCGCGCGGCUCUUUCCUCUUGGACGCUGCGGGUCCCACACGCCGGGCGCGGGCGGCUGUUGAGCCCCGCCGGUCUCGGAAGUCGCCCGCCGGCUUCCCUGGCCGCUUCUAGCCAGCCGAGUGCGGGAGGAGAGGAGCGCUACUGCCUGGAUUUGCUGCGAAAACGGGACUAUGAAGGCUUCCUCUGUGCACUGCUAUUGCCUGCAGAAUCACGUGCCUCUGUCUUGGCCCUGAGAGCCUUCAAUGUAGAACUGGCUCAGAUUAGAGACUCUGUAACUGAGAAGACCAUUGGUUUGAUGCGGAUAGAGUUUUGGAGGAAUGCUGUAGAAGACAUUUACCAGGAUAAUCCACCACAACAACCAGUGGCAAUAGAGUUGUGGAAGGCUGUUAGGAGGCAAAACCUGACCAAAAGAUGGCUAAUGAAUAUUAUUGACCAAAGGGAAAAGAAUCUGGAUGACCGGGCUUAUCGGGAUAUCAGUGAACUUGAGACCUAUGCUGAAAAUACACAGAGCGCACUCCUUUAUCUCACCCUAGAAACACUUGGUGUGAGGAACAUCCACGCAGACCACGCAGCUAGUCACAUAGGAAAAGCACAAGGCAUUGUAACGUGUUUAAGGGCAACUCCAUACCAUGCUAGCAGAAGGAAGGUGUUUCUCCCCAUGGAUAUUUGCAUGCUGCAUGGUGUUUCACAAGAGGAUUUCAUAAGAAACAAUGAGGCGAAGAAAAUAAAAGAUAUUGUAUAUGACAUUGCAAGUCAAGCCCAUGUUCAUCUGGAACACGCUAGGUCCUUCAAGAAGAAUGUCCCUGCCAAAGCAUUUCCUGCUUUCCUUUGUACGGUUGCUGUUGCAGAUUAUUUACACAAAAUACAAAAAGCUGACUUUAAUAUAUUUCAUCCAAGUUUGCACCAGAAGAGCACUUUAUUACCUUUGCACUUGUAUAUUAGAUCAUGGAAAAAAACUUAUUAAAAAUAUGAGAUUGAGUCUUUCUGAUUGAGAAUUACUACAUUUUUUUUUCAUUGAUAUGGCAGUGUUAUAUUGGUGACAUAUCCAGGCUCUUUUUUUCACAUUUAAUCUAAUCCCAGACCUCACAAAAGACUUUAUGAAAUACAUUAGGUAAAUUAGUAACUUAUCCCACUGUCACAGAGUAAACUGCAUGAGUGAGUCUGUAUUUGAACGCAGGCAUUGCCGUCCAAAUCUAAUUCUAUCCAUGACACCCAUCGUCAUGGAACUUGAGAGUUCUUUAGCAAUUUUCCAUCCAAGGGCUAAUCAAACAGAGCCUUGCUUACGUUCAGCCAGGUUUUUGUAUCAAUUACAGGUAGUCCUCGACUUAUGACCACAACUGAGCCAAGAAAUUAUGUUGCUAAGUGACAGGUUUGUUGUUAAGUGAGUUUUACCCCAUUUUGCGACUUUUCUUGCCACAUUUGUUAAGUGAAUCC